CGGUGCGCCGGCCCCUCCCCCGCCCGCCGUCGGCCUGGCCGGGUCCCGCUCGCUGUGUGGCGGCGGCUGAGGUAACGCCGUCGGGACCGGGGCGGCCGCCGCACGCCGGGAGGAGCCGCCCGCACCCCGGGGCCGGGGCUGCCCGGCCCCCGCCCGCCCGCCGGGCCGCAGGAGAUUCAGUUUUAGAAGAGUGUGGAGGCUGUUACCGCUUACCUUAGAAUACCCGAACUAAAUACCAGGGGCUGGUUCUCUCCUCAGGUUAGUUCGAGAUGGCAGACCAGAGGCAACGUUCGCUCUCUACCUCUGGAGAAUCUUUAUACCAUGUGUUAGGGUUGGACAAGAAUGCCACUUCGGAUGAUAUCAAAAAGUCAUACAGGAAACUUGCAUUGAAAUAUCAUCCUGAUAAAAACCCUGAUAAUCCAGAGGCAGCAGAAAAAUUUAAAGAGAUCAAUAAUGCACACGCAAUAUUGACCGAUGCCACAAAGCGAAACAUUUAUGAUAAGUAUGGUUCUCUGGGUCUGUAUGUAGCGGAACAGUUUGGUGAAGAAAAUGUGAACACGUACUUCGUGCUAUCCAGCUGGUGGGCAAAGGCCUUGUUUGUGUUCUGCGGGCUCAUCACCGGCUGCUAUUGCUGUUGCUGUCUGUGCUGCUGCUGUAAUUGCUGCUGUGGGAAGUGUAAACCCAAACCUCCUGAAGGUGACGAGCAGGAAUACUACGUCUCUCCAGAGGACUUGGAGGCACAGUUGCAGUCAGAUGAAAGGGAGGCCUCAGACGCACCUAUUGUGAUACAGCCAGCAUCAGCCACAGAGACGACCCAGCUCACAGCUGACUCGCACCCCAGCUACCACACUGAUGGAUUUAAUUAAGUUAAGGAAACACUAUAAUUAGAAUGGAUAAAAAAAAAAAAAAAUUACAUGGCCAACUCAACACUAGAAUCAUGAACAUUAGAAGUAGAGAAUGGGGAGGGGGAAUAAUUCUGCUACGGUAAGAAGGCAGCUUUCCAACCUGCCGAAAGUAUUUUGUAAUCCCUUCAGCCUUUUGUCACCUUUCAGUGUCGUAUCUUGAUGAUACGUGAAGUGCUGUAGCAUGCAGUAUUUAAAGCAGUUUAGCUACGGUCUUAUUUGUUUCCUUUCUUAUUUUUUUUCUUUGGUUUUUUUUUGUUUUUUUUAUAGCAUGUAUGGAGUUAUGUUACAUGUCUGUGGUGUAAUGUAUUGAGUUGUCACAAUAUAAGUGUGAUGGAGACAUUCUGCAUUUUAAGCAGUGGUACUGGCCUAAAAAUGAGAUUUAAAAAGAAAAAGAAUCACAGAAGCCACUAUUCUUCCAUACAGCUGAGCUGCUGGAGACCUUUAAAAGUUCACGAUUUUCAUUCGAGUGCAACAAACCAAUUCUUCUAUUCCUCCUUCCAUUCCUGCGUUAUUAUCUAAGCAAGUUUACAAAGCCAAGAGCCAAAAAAUGCCAGUCCUGCAGAGCUGGAAUUCUCUAUAACGCUGGUUUUCAGCUUAAAUAAAUCUACCUUGAAAAAUAAGAAGGGAGAGUUUCCAAUCUUUGAACCGGUGAAUUGGUGAACGGCUCUUUACGUGUAAGGUGAUCCUCAGUGACAAUGUAACCGCAAACUGUAGUUUGUCACAAAACCGACUGUGAAUGGGGGUGUUUGGGGUGGCGGUGGGAUUUUUACUUCAAGCACAAUUCUGUUUUGGUUUGAGUUCACUCAUUUUCCUGAAAUGCUAAAGACCAAAUAGCGCAGCUUUUCGAAUGCAUGAGAAUCUUAAAGUGAAACUGGUUAAUUGGUUUUCACUGAGCAAAUGAGUAAAAUGCAGACGGGAGGCAACAGCAUAAUCUUAAAAAAAAAAAAAAAAAAAAAAUUAAAAAAACCCUGGUUUUUAAAAAUUUGUUCUAAUAAUUUGAGAUUUUAAUAGACAAAUGGGGUAUUAUGUGUCUUUUUUUUUAAAGCUUUUAUAAUACAGUAGCUCUUUAAUUUUCUCAUGAACAUCUUUGUGGAGUACUUAAAUGGAUUUUUAAGAUCAAAAUACCUUUCUUUGUGUUUAUAUUGUAUAAUUUGCACAUUGUCUUGCAUUUAGACUUGUUUACACCAGUGUUUUUCUUUUCCUCAGAACAACUAUGGGGAAACCAUUGAACGGUUUCCCGUACUGUUUUGAAACCAAAUCAUGUUUGAAUACUGCUCUAGAAACCGUGGGUUUAUUGCGAUUUAACUGUUACAAAGGCAUUUUAGGCAGCUGCGGAAUUGCUGGUAUGUUUUUGUUGUUAAUAGUCUUGCUUUAGAUGAUAGGGAGUCAGGAUCUAGAACAGCUACCAGAGAAACCUACACUCGGCACUUUCAGCGGUUAAUUACGGCCUCUUUAACUUUGAUCUUUAUGGGUUUAUAUCACAAUGCCUCUGCUCUCCGUUGUAUCCCCCACCUCGCCUUUUCAUUUUUCACCUAUUUCUGGCGAGAGGCUAUUUCCAGCCUUCCACCCGGCGUUCGCUCUGAAGCCCUGUCACGCUGCUCUCUUGCAAGAUCCCGGUGUUACUUUUGACAGGGGUAAAGCACCCUCCGUCUGUAAGAAAAUCAUCGGAAAAUGAAGAGGGACUCUCCUGCCCGAGAAUCGUUCUGAAAAUGUUUUCGCGCUGUCUUUGCAUGAGCUGAAAGUGAUGGAGCCCAUAAAAACCCGACGUUGAGACCGUGUUAGACACGCUGGGUAGAAGAAAAUGUUCUUAACACGGUCUCAAUGCUACGUGAGGGAUGUUCGCAAAAUCCAUCUUCCCUGGAGCUGUUGGCGCAAGCACACGUUUGUUGCCUGCAUGUGAGCUUGUUGCAAAUAAGCAUGCUUGUGAUACCGCGUCAGGUCCCAAAAAUUCCGAAAGAAAUGUUAUUUUUAAUUAACUGGCUAGAUUUCAGUAGCACACUUGUUUAAGUCAUUUCUUCCUCAUCGGUAGGCCUUUUAGACCUUGCAACUUGGUGGUUUACUGGAAGAUACUUUUAACAUUUUCUGUCUGGAAAGCUCUCUCGGGUGACCCUGAGGACAGUUGUGUGUGUUUUGGCUUGAGGUCCUUGUUUAAUUAAAGUCAUUUUUUUGGCCCCUUGGAAUAUAAGCAAUUUUUAGGCUUAAAAAAAUAACGUCACGUUGACUGUCCUUGUAGAUUUUGCCUGAUCUUGAUGUUGAAUUGCACUCUGGAAUAUGCUUGAAUAUCUGCAGGCUUUGUCCCCUAAACACUCACUGGUUAAAAUUGCCCUUAUCGGUGCAAAUUAUGUUCUUGCUUAAAAACAAACAAACAAACAAACAAAAUUGUUAGGGUGUUUUUUGGCUUUGUAAAUGAGCGCAGUUGAUGGGAGUGACUCGGUAGAGUAAGAAAAAGGCUGUUCCCCUCAUGCUGUGGUUUGUCACGCUCCGUGUCCCCAUGUCCAUCGAGAUGGGUACCAGAAAGCCGGUUGUUUCGGUUGUUGCCCCCGUGGGGAGCAGCUGUGACCCCUGAUGCUGGGGGCUGGUUCUGAGUGUUAAUUUGGAAUAAUACCCCAUUUCUUAACCCCUCUGGGCUACUUCCACUGCGCUGGAAGGGCUGGCGGGGGGUUGUGGCUCCGGGGAGGUGUGUAAACGCACCUGGAGUCGCUCCGCAGGCUCCUGACAUCGGAACUGAGACGUGGGUGGCAAACGAGGAUUAGAGGCGAUACUGUUGUCCGUGUUUCGCGCUGCUUGGGAAAAGAUGACAUCCAGGAUAAAUUUGGUGGUUUAGAUCUUGGCUCAGCAAGGCACGAGUUUGGGAGAGACUGCUUUCCUCUGGGCUGUGUCCGUGGGUGGCGUGCGAAUAGUAAAUUAGUCUGUAUGCCGUUAUACGCCAGAAUGAUGUGUCAGAUGCUCUGAGGGAAACUACUCUGAGAUCCCACUUACAGGGAACGAUGGGAAAAUGCAUUUUUAGAUGAAUAUUCAUGGGUUUUGAAACUGUUUUAAGUUUACCCAUGUUGCUCUAUAAUCUCUGAAUUCAAGAUUAUUGUGUAUUAAUGUAGUUCUUCUUGAACUAUACAAGAAAGCUAUUUAAACAUUGCUUCUUUAAAACAAAACCCAUGUAAUCGGAAGAUACGUAGGUUAAUGCCCACCGCUCUUGUAGGUAAGGUACAGGAGCAUCCCGGGCUCUAAUGAGUUGCACUUCAAAAUGGCCAAGUGGGGUCCGUGUGAAUGCAAAGGCGUGUUGGAAAUAACGGUUAAAAAUCUGGCGCAGAAGGUCGCUCGGCAGCUCGGAGCUGGGGCAGUUGGAGCUGCAACGUCCCCAGGCGCUGCUGCCCCCUUACCUGGCUUAAUGCAGAACGCUUCCUUCCAGAAUUAAACCCGAGCGCUGAUGAUCUCUGUUCAGUGCGUUGCCAGGAUUAAAACUUGAGCUUUGAUUAUUUUCUAGUUGUGUUUUUUUUUUUUUUAAUAGUUGUAUCUUUCUUUUUAUUUUACUUUUUUUUUUUUUUUUUUUUUUUUUUUACACGUUGCCUGAGACCUCUUUUUCAGUAGUUCGGCCACCUCCAUCUAGCUCGUCGAACCUCUUCAGCACCGAUUUUCUUAGCGCUUGCAGCUCCUCCUGAUGAGGAGUAUCGGGGAGAAUCUGAUCCGGAGAGCUUUCCGCUGGCUGGUGUAAAGGACCACUGACUUUAUUCCCGAGCUGUGUGGCGUGGAGAGCCAUUCGUAGCUCUGGGUGAGCAGGGAAAGCCGCUGCCGAGAGCUCGGGCCCCGUCCCUCCGGGAGAAGGCGGUGGUGGGGGACCUGCGCUGCCCCGUCCUGCCCGGGGGAUUCGGGCAAAUCCCCAACGCGCUGUAGUACAACCCGACUGUACCGCGCUUCAACUUGAAGUGAAUGAAAGGGGGCAUUGCACCCGUUAAAAUGCCAGUUUCAUUUUGUUAGUGAUGUUUGUAGGAAAUUCUUAAAUAUUUAUCUGUAUAUAAAUUUGUUUAUGUAAAACCUCAGUGGCGUCUGACGAGGGUGUAGAUUUCCGCGGAUUCCAUGCAGUGAUGUUUUAGAGCCACGUUAACCUUUUUAGUCUUAUUUUUAGAUUUGUAAUGUUUUUAAACUGCUUUAGAUAUUAGUGCUCAUAGUGUUCUUAAAACGUGAUGCUGGUCGAGGUCCGGGUGAGCGCGGCCUGUGGGGACACGCGCUGCGGGGGGAAGGCUUGGGCACGGCACAGAGAAACACCGAGUCCUGCAGCGGCGUACGGUUUUCAGAUCCCUUCGUGUCAGCCUAAAAACACGACAGGUGUAACCAGGGCAGGAGCCCGACAGAAGAGACAUUCCUGUCCCAUCUCUAAAGCGGUUGUGUGGUGUGGAGGGACGCCGGUGUGCUUUUGGGGGGGUGAUAUCGGAGCAUUUGUACCCUACGCACUCCGUGGGAGAGGUAUCCGCUUUUCUCAACUCGUCUGUGCCCUUCGGUGGUCUCGACAUUUCCAGAUCAUUUAGGGAACGUGUUUGUGCUGCAGGUUUUCCCACCUGGAUAUCGGCGUCAUGUUUAACGGGAGGUUGUUGCCAGGCGGUCGGGGGGGGCUUUUGCAGCCCCCGCCUCGUGUUAAUAAUUCUGGAUGCUGUUUAAAUACGCGUUAAUCUUAGAGCACUGCAACGUAACCCCCCCAGUACAAGUGCUUAUAGUGUAAGGUCGGUAUAAACUUAACACGCUUAAUCAUUCGAUGCCGCUUCUCUGUAUCAUAGUGGAAAUCAUCUAGUUCCUCGCGUGUCAUUGCACCAACGGCUGCUUAAAAUACCUUGAAAGAAAUGGAGCUGAUAGCUAACAAGGUGGCAGGAAAGUUUGUCGGUGUUCAAGUCCUGCAAGACCCGUGGGCUGCUCCGCGUCCUGCGCUGGGAGGCUGCCGUGCUAUCCGGGACCCGGCAAGUCUGAAAUUCCCGUUUCCUUCCAAGAAGAUGCUUUCUUUACAAGAAGAAACUGUGUGAGGGAAGCUGUCUGUCUUUGACGUUUGCACAAGCCAAAUGCCAUACAUAAAUCUGGAAGACAAACCUUCGUGUGGGAAUCAAAUGCCAACGUUACAUGCACAGUUAAUUUUGUUGUCAAAAGGCUAGAUGCUGGGAAUUUCUGGUGGUUAUAUAUAUAUAUGUAUAUGUAUAGAGGAAGCUCUUAUAUAAAAUGGCCAUUCAUUCCUGAGUGCCGUUGUCCUCUCUGCUCCCUCUUCCCCGCAGCCGGCCGCGUGGGUGUACUCUUGCACAGCCUGUGAGCGGUCGCUUGUCGUACCCUUCCAAAAAUUUCCCGAUCUACUUGAAUUCUGUCGGCUGCCCCUCGGCCCCGGCACCUCCAGCCGGAGCUGGGCUUCCCCGGCUCCGGCGAUCCUCCGGAGGGAGGCAGGGAAACCCAGCGGUGACCAGGAGAGCAGGGACCGUCUCUGGAAUUACAUGGAUUUGUGCCGGCUGGUACGUGGGGUGUUUUUAAAUGUGGGCGAUGCGCUCAGCGCUAGAGGUGUGAUAGAGCACAUCGGUUUGGGGUUGUGUGGUCUUGUUUUUUUUUUUUUUUUCCUUAUACUAGUUUUCACCACGUUGUACUCUCCAAAGUGGGACUCGCAGAGCAAGGUCCAAACCCGCGCUGUAGGCUUUGGAUUGCAACAUCAUGUGUGUGUAUCUAUGUAUAUAUGCACAUAUGUAUAUAUUUAUACAACGGGUGUACGCAUAGUACUUGCUGCUGUUUUUUCUUUGGUGGUAAAAACGUGAAAUUUGGCUCAAAAGCACUGCUGCGAACCCUCAGCCAGACAAGUGGAAGGGGGCAGUUCUGUGUGGCCAGAAUUGUGCUUUUUCCUUUCGGCUGCGGGGAAAAACCACACGAGAUGUUGUAGGGUGAAAUGACCGGUGAAGGAAGUGCUGGAGGGACCCUGUUGUCCGCAGACACGGGUGGCACCAGCCGUGCGGUGGGAAGGAGAAGCAAUCCUUUGCUCCCGAGGCCGUCCCUCCUUGCUCCGGUGAGUUUCCCCUGGUGGAGGGACUCGCUUUACAGCCCUUGCGGGUUGGAUUCCGAAGGACUUGAAGUUAUUGCAAGUCGUAAAGCUGGAUUUAGGCAGUGGUCAGUGUAAAGGCACAGCGACCGUGGCCAACGCACGCGUGAGUUCCAGCAAACUGCUUCUGGUGGUACUGGGUGGAGCCCGCAGCCGGCCCUUCCCAGUCCUGCCCUUCCAGGGGCUUUUCCUGCCAGACGAAACACCUGGGGGGUUCUGCAGAAAUGGGGGGAUACUGGGGGGGAUUACUUUAUCGCUUACACGUUUGAGGUUCUGUUUGUGUCGGUCGCGGUAGAUGAGCUCUGAGGUUUGCCAGGUUCCAAAGGCCGGGCUGCUGCCGCCCGAUCCCAGCGCUGCCGUCCCUCCCUCCCUUCCUCCCUUCCUUCCCUCCUUCCCGCAUCCCUUCCUUCCCCCGUCCCCACCUUCACCCGCUUAUUCUGGGGCUGGGGGCGGGUGGUUUGGUUUGUGUUAUCGCAGGCAUCCGAGGCGAUGCUUAUAUUCAUUUUGCAUGUGAGCAAAGGCCCUGAACUAAGUAAUUCACGGCGGGGUUUGGUCGCGUUGGCCUCUUUACGGAGCCCGGGGGAGCGGAGGAGACGCCGGCAGAGAACGCGCUCUGCCUUUGCACUGGAUUCGCCUCGGGCGGGGUGGGGUGGGGGGAGCCCAUCUUUAAGAAAAUUUUUUUUUAAAUUGUGGGGGGAAAAAAAAAAAAAAGCAAACCAAAAAACCACAAACCCAACCACAGUGGAAGUAUAAAUGCAUCUGAAAAGCAAUUAUAAUAUAGACAUAUAUAUAUUUUGUUAUGUUACUAAAGGACCAUACUUUGAAUUGUAUGUAAGUAGACGUGGCUGUCUGAACUUUGUGGAUUGUAACACUCGAUACUACUGAGCUCCUGUACAUACACGCAGUUACGGCAGAAGGAAUUAUUUUAUGUUUUAGCAUGGUAAUUUGUGUACUGUAUGUCUGAAUAUAAACUAAAAUAAAGAUUGCUAAGUUAUCUGAAACCACUGUUGUAAAAUAAAUGUUUUCAA